UCCUUGCUGAGGAAGAGGCGCGGCCAGCCAGAGCUGACGUGUGCUGAGGGAGGCCUGGGUCGCACUCAGCUGGCGCCCAUCUGCUCACGCUGCCUCCUCAGCUAAGGCAGUGCAGCCAGAUUGAUACGGGACUCAGCGUAGUAGAGAGAGAGGAAGGACCAUAGAGAGAGAGAAACACAGGGCAGGGGUAGAAACUAAUGAGAAAGAGAGCGAGGGAGUGAAAGUGAGACAGACAUCUGUCAUAAUGGCGCCCGGCACUGACUGGGUCUUUUCGGACCCAGCGGCAGCUCGCUUCUUCUGGGUGCUGUCCCUCAUACUGGCCACCCUCCUGGUGUGGGCUGUGUUCUUCUGCUGUGCUGCCUGGAAGCACGACUCCGCAUUCCUCGGGGAUAGACGACUCACAGAAAUGACUAAAUCGUCAAAGAAGAAGCAACUAAGCCAGAAGAAGAAGAAUCCAAAGCCAAAGGGCAGCCUACCUGCACCUGUGCCGUCCCAUGACACAGAGCCGUCUAUGGGAGAAGAGGCUUCGGCUGCCAUGAAACAAUGGAGCAAAAAAGUUCCAAAGCCAGUGAAAAUAUUGGAACCAUCGGUUAGAGCAGGCAAACACAAGACCAUGUCAGAGGUUAAGGAUAGGAAGAAUGGCCAGCAGGUGGCGGAGCUGGGCCCUGGUGAACGGGGGGGCUCCCCGAAUGCUGGAGACACCCUGCCCUGGAACCUAGCUAAGCACCACAGGGUGAAGCGCUCCAAGUCCACCUCAGGGGACGUGCUGGACCCCGCAGAGCGGGCUGUCGUGCGCAUAGCAGAUGAACGAGACAGGGUGCAGAAGAAGACCUUCACAAAAUGGGUCAACAAGCACUUGAUGAAGGCUCAGCGACAUAUUUCUGACCUGUACGAAGACCUCCGAGAUGGACACAACCUCAUCUCCCUGCUGGAGGUGCUGUCUGGGGAGACGCUGCCCCGAGAGAAAGGCCGCAUGCGCUUCCACAAACUGCAGAACGUGCAGAUUGCACUGGACUUCCUUAAACACCGACAGGUCAAGCUGGUGAACAUAAGGAAUGAUGACAUUGCCGAUGGCAACCCCAAGCUGACCCUCGGGCUCAUAUGGACCAUCAUCCUUCACUUCCAGAUCUCUGACAUCCAAGUGAAUGGGCAGUCAGAUGACAUGACCGCCAAGGAGAAGCUCCUGCUUUGGGCCCAGCGCAUGGUGGAGGGCUACCAGGGCAUGCGCUGUGACAACUUCACAGUCAGCUGGAGGGAUGGCAGGCUCUUCAAUGCCAUCAUCCACAAGCACAGACCCCAGCUCAUCGAUAUGAACAAGGUGUACCAGCAGACCAACGUGGAGAACCUGGAGCAGGCUUUCAACGUGGCUGAGAAAGAACUAGGGGUCACACGCCUGCUGGACCCGGAGGAUGUGGACGUGCCACAUCCCGAUGAGAAGUCGAUUAUCACCUACGUCUCCUCCCUGUAUGAUGUCAUGCCACGCGUGCCUGAUGUCCAGGAAGGCGUCAGAGCCAAUGAGCUGGAGCUGCUCUGGCAGGAGUACCACGACCUGGUUACCCUCCUGCUCCAAUGGAUACGUCACCACAUCGUUGUCUUUGAGGAGAAGAAGUUCCCUUCCAGCUAUGAGGAAAUUGAUAUUCUGUGGCGACAGUUCUUAAAGUUCAAAGAGACGGAGCUCCCAGCCAAGGAGGCCGACAAAAAGCGCUCCCGGCACAUCUACAAGUCCUUCGAGGGCGCUGUGGAUGCCGGCCAGGUCAAGGUACCCCCCGGGUACCACCACAUUGACAUAGAGAAGGAAUGGGGCCGUCUGCAUGUGGCCAUCCUGGAGAGAGAGAGACUUCUCAGGACAGAGUUUGAGAGGCUGGAGCGCCUGCAGCGGGUUGUCAGCAAGGUCCAGAUGGAGUCCGGGGUGUGUGAGGAGCAGCUGAACCAGGUGGAGACCCUGCUGCAGGCGGACGUCCGGCAGCUGAAUGCAGGGAAGCCGGCUCAGCACAUGUCUGAGAUGGAGAAGGACUUGGAGAAGGCAGAGGGGAUGAUCCGGCUGCUCUUUAAUGACGUGCAGUUGCUUAAGGACGGGCGCCACCUACAGGCAGAACAGAUGUACAGGAGAGUGUAUCGUCUGCACGAGCGACUGGUGAACCUGCGCAGCGAAUACAACCUGCGUCUGAAGUCAGGAGUGACCAGCGCUCAGAUUCCCAUAACCGCAACCCUCCAGCCUCACCACAUGAGGGCAAAGCCGGAAGUGGAUGAAGUGACUCUUCGCUACAUCCAAGACCUGAUGUCCUGGGUAGAGGACAACCAACGGCAUGUGGAUGGGGCCGAGUGGGGCUGCGACCUUCCCUCGGUGGAGUCCCAGCUGGGCAGCCACCGUGGCCUACACCAGUCUAUCGAGGACUUCCGCUCCAAGGUCGAGCGGGCACAUGCUGACGAGAGUCGGCUGUCUUCAGCGACUAAGGGUUCCUACAGAGAAUACCUUGGCAAACUGGAUCUGCAUUAUGCCAAACUGCUGAACUCCUCCAAGGCCCGUCUUCGCAACCUGGACCAGCUGCAAGCCUUUGUCAGUGCCGCCACAAAGGAGCUCAUCUGGCUAAAUGAGAAAGAGGAGGAGGAGGUGAACUACGACUGGAGUGAGCGCAACACCAACAUGACCACCAAGAAAGACAACUACUCGGGUCUGAUGCGUGAGCUGGAGCUGAGAGAGAAGAAGGUCAACACUAUGCAGGCAACUGGAGAAAAGCUCCUGAAGGACAGCCACCCGGGCAGGAAGACCGUGGAUGCUUUUAUUGCGGCUCUGCAGACCCAGUGGAGCUGGAUCCUGCAGCUGUGCUGUUGCAUCGAGACCCACCUUAGGGAGAACUCCGCCUACUUUCAGUUCUUCUCUGACGUCCACGAGGCCGAAAACCGGAUGAAGAAGAUGCAGGAUGUCAUGAGGAAGAAGUACACGUGCGAGCGCUCCAUCACUGUCACGCGGCUGGAGGACCUCCUGCAGGACGCAGCGGAAGAGAAGGAGCAGCUGAAUGAGUUCAAGACUCUGGUGGAAGGACUGAGCAAUCGGGCCAAGACCAUUGUGCAGCUCAAGCCACGCAACCCAGCGUGCCCUCUGAAAGACCACCUAACCCUCCAAGCCUGCUGUGAUUUCAAACAGAUGGAGAUCACAGUUCACAGGGGUGAUGAGUGUCUACUUCUCAGCAACUCACAGCCCCACAAGUGGAAGGUGCAGAACAGCUCUGGGCACGAGGCCGUCGUCCCCUCUGUCUGCUUCCUCAUCCCUCCACCGAACAGCGAGGCCUUGGACUCUGUCUCUGGGCUUAGCACCAGCGUGCAGAAGCUGAUGGCACUGUGGCAGACGUUACAUCUCGACAUGAAGGUUCUUCUCUCCUGGCAGUACCUGAUGAGGGACAUCCAGCAGAUCAACUCCUGGAACACCAUCGUGUUUAAGACGCUGAAGGUUGAGGAGUAUAAGCAGGUCUUCCGCAGCUUGGAGCUGCACUACCAGGACUUCCUGCGGGACAGCCAGCAUUGCCAGCUGUUUGGGCCCGACGACCGGCUGCAUGCGGAGGGCAGCUACAAGAAGGCGUCCCAGCACUAUGAUGAGCUGCUGUGCUCCGUGGAGAGAGGUGAGCAGGAAGAGUCGGCGUGCAAGAGCUACAUCACCCAGCUGAAGGACCUGCGGCUGAAGCUGGAAGAGUGGGAGACGCGCACCGUCAGCCGCAUCCGCCAGGCCAUGGAGAAAGACCCGCUGAGGGACUGCACGCAGAAGGCGGCCGAGCAGGAGAAAGUUCAGACCGAACUGCAGGGCAUCAAGAAGAAUCUGGACUUGAUGGUGCCAAAGGCGGAGAAGGUGCUGGCUUCCCCUGUGCAGCCCAGCUCCGCCCCCGUUCUGCGCUCUGAGCUGGACAUCACCUUAAAGAAGAUGGACCAUGUCUACAGCCUGUCCUCUGUUUACCUGGACAAACUGAAGACCAUAAAGGUGGUGAUCCGCAGCACGCUUGGCGCCGAUGAGGUGCUGAGAACGUACGAGGGCCAUCUGCGUGAGGUCAAGAAGGUGCCUGUGGAUGCCAAGGAGCUGGAAUCCGACCAUAAUGAGCUGAAGAAAAUGCAGACCGAGGCACAGGAACAGCAGCCUCUGUUUGACCAGCUGGAUGCGGAGCUGCGCGAGGCCACGGUGGUCAGCGAGCACAUGUCGCGGGUGCACAGUGAGCACGACGCCGAGCUGGAGCGCUACCGGCAGCAGGCAUGCACCCUGCAGGAGCGCUGGCAGGCCGUCUUCGCCCAGAUCGACCUGCGGCUGAACGAGCUGGAGCACCUCCACCGCCAGAUGCGCUCCUACCGUGGCAGCUACGAUGCGCUGAUGCUCUGGACCGCUGACGCCAAACGGCGCCAGGAGGCCAUUCAGGCCGUACCCAUCGGGAAUAGCGAGGCACUCCGGGAGCAGCUCUCUCAGGAGCAGAAACUCUUGGAAGAAAUCGAGAAAAACAAAGAAAAGGUGGACGAGUGUCAGAAACAUGCCAAGGCCUACAUUGAUGCUAUCAAGGAUUAUGAGCUUCAGCUGAUAGCUUACAAAGCCUUGAUUGAGCCCUUGGCUUCUCCCCUGAAGAAAACCAAAAUGGAGUCAAUUUCAGACAACAUCAUUCAGGAAUAUGUUACACUGCGGACUCGCUAUAGUGAGCUUAUGACUCUGACCAGCCAGUACAUCAAGUUCAUUAUUGGCUCACAGCGCCGCCUGGAGGAUGAGGAGAAAGCUACCGAGAAACUUAAAGAGGAAGAGAGGAGGAAACUCGCAAAGAUGCAAGCUGAGUUAGAGAAACAGAAGCAGUUAGCGGAGGCUCACGCAGAAGCUAUUGCUAAAGCAGAACGAGAAGCUGAAGAGCUGAAGCUCAAAAUGAAAGAAGAGGUCACCAAAAGGGAAAUGGUGGCCGUGGAUGCAGAGAAGCAAAAGCACAACAUCCAGCAGGAGCUGCAUGAGCUCAAAAACCUCUCGGAGCAGCAGAUAAAAUCUAAGAGCCACCAGGUGGAGGAGGCCCUGCAGAGCCGAACCAAGGUUGAGGAGGAGAUUCACCUAAUCAGGAUCCAGCUAGAGACAACGACGAAGCAGAAAUCCAUGGCCGAGGCAGAACUCAGUGAGCUAAGGGAGCGGGCAACUGAAGCUGAGCGCCUGAGGAAGACCACUCAGGAGGAGGCAGAAAAGUUGCGCAAGCAGGUCAAUGAGGAGUCCCAGAUGAAGCGUAAAGCGGAAGAGGAGCUGAAGCGCAAAGCGGAAGCUGAGAAGGAAGCUGCCAAACAGAAGCAGAAAGCCCUGGAGGACCUGGAGAGGUUCAAGCUGCAGGCUGAAGAAGCAGAGAGGAGGAUGAAGCAGGCCGAAGUAGAAAAGGAGAGACAAAUCCAAGUGGCCCAGGAUGUAGCUCAAAAAAGCGCAGCCACAGUAUUAGAGAGCAAACGUAUAUCCCUGGCAGAGAAGACAACAGAACUGGAAGAGUCACUGAAACAGCAGCACAGCACUGUUUUGCAGCUGCAAGAAGAAGCCGAGCAGCUUAAGAAACAGCAGGCAGGUGCAGACAAAGCCAGAGAAAUGGCAGAGAAGGAGCUGGAAAAGUGGAGGCAGAAGGCUAAUGAAGCUCUACGACUGAGACUCCAAGCUGAGGAGGAAGCCCUCAAAAAGAGCCAAGCUCAGGAGGAAGCCGAGAGACAGAAAGAGGAUGCAGAGCGGGAGGCAAAAAGGAGGGCCAAAGCUGAAGAAUUUGCCCUGAAGCAGAAGGAGAUGGCAGAACAAGAGCUGGAGAAGCAAAGGAAAAUAGCAGAAGAAACAGCCCAGCAGAAGCUUUCUGCAGAGCAGGAGCUAAUCCGUCUUAAGGCUGACUAUGAGCAUGCCGAGCAGCAGAGGUCGCUUCUAGAUGAUGAGCUCAGCCGCCUGAAAAAUGAGGUUAAUGCAGCUGUGCAACAGAGGAAACAGCUAGAAGACGAAUUGGCAAAAGUGCGAUGUGAAAUGGACAGUCUUCUUGAGCAUAAAGCCAAAGCAGAGCAGGAGACCUUGUCUAACACUGAAAAGAGCAAGCAACUUAUUGAGACUGAGGCAGCAAAAAUGAAGAAGCUUGCAGAGGAAGCUUCAAAGCUUCGAUCAAUCGCAGAAGAAGCAAAGAAGCAGAGGCAAGUGGCUGAGGAAGAAGCAGCGAGGCAGAGAUCAGAAGCUGAGAGGAUCCUCAAAGAAAAGUUGGCUGCUAUUAAUGAGGCAACUCGGUUGAAAACUGAAGCUGAGAUUGCUCUCAAGGAGAAGGAGUCUGAAAAUGAAAGGCUCAGAAGACAGGCUGAAGAUGAAGCGUACCAGAGAAAGAUGCUGGAAGACCAAGCAGCACAACAUAAGAAAGACAUCGAGGACCAAGUUUCCCAACUCAAAAAAUCCUCAGAUACUGAAAUAGAAAGGCAGAGGGUAAUUGUAGAAGAAACCUUGAACCAGAAGAGAAUAGUUGAGGAGGAAAUACACAUUCUCAAGAUCAACUUUGAAAAGGCUUCAGCUGGCAAGACGGACCUUGAGCAGGAGUUGAACAAACUGAAAAGCAUUGCAGAAGAAAGUCAGCGGAGUAAACUACAGGCAGAAGAAGAAGCAGAGAAGCUUCGCAAGCUAGCCCUGGAGGAGGAAAAACUGAGAAAGGAGGCAGAGGAAAAGGUAAAAAAGAUUGCUGCUGCAGAAGAAGAGGCUGCUAACCAGCGGAAGGCUGCACAGAUGGAAGUUGAACGCCUCAAGAAGAAAGCUUCUGAAGCUAACAAACAGAAAGAGAAUGCUGACAAGGAGGCAGAGAAACAGAUUGCUCUCGCCAAAGAAGCUGCAGAAAAAUGCUUUGCUGCAGAACAGAAAGUACAGGAUGUGCUUGUGCAGCAAAAAGAAGAUAAACUCAUUCAGGAGAAGCUGAAGGAAGAGUUUGAGAAAGCCAGGAAGCUGGCAGAAGAGGCAGAGAAGGCCAAAGAGAAGGCGGAAAAAGAGGCUGCCCUACUUCGGCAAAAAGCAGAGGAUGCAGAAUGCCAGAAGCAAGCUGCCGAGGAGGAAGCUGUCAAUAAAGCCAAAGCUCAGGAAGGUGCGGAAAAGAUGAGAAAGGAGGCAGAAACGGAGGCUUCAAAGAGAGCAGAGGCUGAAGCUGCAGCUCUGCAGCAGAAGCAGCAAGCUGAUGCUGAGAUGGCAAAGCACAAAAAGCUUGCUGAAAAGAUACUGAAGCAGAAGGGUAAAGUUGAAGAGGAAUUAUCAAGGGUGAAGAUACAGCUGGACGAGACAGAUAAACAGAAAACUCUUCUGGAUGAGGAGCUAAAGCGCCUCAAGGAUGAAGUGAGUGAUGCAAUCAAGCAGAAGGCCCAAGUAGAGCAUGAGCUUCAGAAUGUCAAGCUGCAGAUGGAACAACUCUUCCAAAAAAAGCUUGAGAUUGAAGAACAGAACAAGCAGCUAAUUAAAAAAGACAAGGACAGCACUCAGAAGUUUUUGGAGGAGGAAGCAGAGAAGAUGAAGAAUCUGGCUGAAGAAGCAGCCCGUCUCAGCUUAGAGGCUGAGGAGGCUGCUCAAAUGAGGCUGCUUGCAGAGUCUGACCUUACACAAGAGAGAGCACUUGCUGAUAAAAUGCUCAAGGAGAAAAUGCAAGCUAUCCAGGAGGCAACUAAACUGAGAGAAGAGGCAGAUAUGCUCCAAAAGCAGAAGGAUCUGGCUCAGGAGCAAGCUAAGAAGCUGCUUGAGGACAAGCAGCAGAUGCAGCAGCGCCUGGAAGAAGAGACGGAAGGUUUUCAGAAGUCCUUGGAAGUAGAGCGUCUGAGACAGCAGGAGAUCAUUGCUGAGGCAGAGAAAUUGAAGCUGAGAGUGUCUCAGCUUAGUGACGCCCAGUCUAAAGCUGAAGAGGAGGCCAGGAAGUUUAAGGAACAAGCUGAUAGCAUCAGCGCUCGUCUCCAUGAAACAGAGAGUGCAACAGCUGAAAAACUCACAGAUAUGCAGAAAUUGGAGGUUCAGAGGUUACAGAGCAAUAAAGAGGCAGACGACCUUCGCAAAGCAAUUGCUGAUCUUGAAAAAGAGAAGGAGAAAUUAAAAAAGGAGGCAGCAGAAUUACAAAAUAAGUCAAAAGAGAUGGCUAAUGCUCAACAGGAACAAAUUAAGCAGGAAAAGACAAUUCUUCAACAGACUUUCAUAACAGAAAAGGAAAUGCUGCUUGAAAAAGAGAAACUCAUUGAGGAUGAGAGGAAGAAGCUGGAGAAACAGUUUGAGGAUGAGGUUAAAAAGGCCAGCGCUCUGAAAGAUGAACAAGAGCGCCAAAGGAAGCAAAUGGAGGAAGAGAGGAAACAGCUGCAGGCCACCAUGGACGCUGCACUAAAGAAGCAAAGAGAUGCAGAGGAGGAGAUGCGCAACAAGCAGAAAGAGAUGCAGGAACUUGAAAAGAAAAUGCAGGAGCAGGAGAAACUUCUAGCGGAGGAGAACAAAAAGUUGCGUGAGAAAUUGCAGGAGCUGCAGGUCGUUGAAAAAACAUCAGCAUCUAAUACAAAAGAAAUUGAGAUUCAAACUGAUGUGGUUCCUGAUGAACAGUUGACUGCAAAAGCACAGAUAGAAACAAAGAAGGUCUUCAAUGGUUCUGGGGAAGUUCCAGGCCAUCCGAUGAGGAAUGAAGAGCCACAUUUGGCAUUUCAGGGUAUUCGGGAGAAAGUCCCUGCAAGUCGGCUAUAUGAAAUUGGACUGCUGUCCAAAAAAGAGUAUGACAGGUUGAAGAAAGGCAAAACAACUGUGCAAGACCUCAGCAAAACUGACAAACUGAGAGUUUGUCUGAAAGGAGAACACAGCAUUGGCGGUGUCUUAAUUCAGCCUAACCAAAAACUGAGCAUCUACCAGGCCAUGAAGGAGAACAAGAUGGCACCUGGUACAGCUUUGUUGCUUCUUGAAGCUCAGGCGGCCACUGGAUACAUGAUAGAUCCAAUAAAAAACCAGAAGUUUUCUGUUAAUGAGUCUGUAAAAGAGGGUUUAAUUGGUCCUGAACUGCAUAAUAAAAUGUUAUCUGCAGAAAGGGCAGCCACAGGUUACAAAGAUCCUUACACUGGCUCUAAAAUAUCACUUUUUGAAGCAAUGCAAAAAGAUUUAAUUGCACAAGAUCAAGGUAUCAGACUUCUUGAAGCUCAAGUAGCUACAGGUGGAAUUAUAGAUCCAGUCAAUAGUCACAGAGUGUCUGUGGAGACAGCUUAUAAGCAAGGUCAGUUUGAUGCAGAGAUGAACAAAAUUCUGUCAGAUCCUACUGAUGACACAAAGGGCUUCUUCGAUCCAAACACUCAAGAGAACCUCACAUACUUGCAGCUAAUGCAAAGGUGCACAUCAGAUCCUGAAACUGGCUUGCUCUUCCUACCCAUUACAGAAAAGGCAGCAAAAAAUGAAAGAACUUACACCGACGAAGAAACCAAGGAUGUAUUCAGCAAAGCCACAGUCUCUGUUCCAUUUGGAAGGUUCAAGGGGAAGACAGUGACCAUCUGGGAAAUCAUCAACUCUGAAUACUUUACAGAGGAGCAAAGAAGGGACCUAAUUCGGCAAUACAAGACUGGAAAAAUAACAGUGGAAAAAAUUAUUAAAAUUGUUAUCACAGUAGUUGAGAACAAAGAGAAAAAGAAUGAAAUUGCCUUUGAAGGUCUUAGAACUCCUGUUCCUAUCUCUGAACUUCUGGACUCUAAACUUAUCAGCAAAGAUUUAUACAACAAGCUGCACAAUGGUGAAACAUCUGUUAAAGAAGUCUCUGAGCUUGAACAUAUUAAAAAAGCAUUAAAAGGCACAACCUCUAUUGCUGGAAUAAUUAUUGAAUCAACUAAUGAGAAAAUUCCAAUCUAUCAGGCCUUGAAGAAAGGCAUCUUGGGGUUUGGGCCUGCAUUAAAUCUGCUGGAAGCUCAAGCUGGAUCUGGAUUUAUGAUAGACCCAAUCUCAAAUCAGAAAUUCACUGUUGAUGAGGCUGUUAAAUCAGGUCUUGUUGGUCCUGAGUUGCAUGAAAAGCUGCUGUCUGCUGAGAGAGCUGUUACUGGGUUCAAAGACCCUUAUACUGGAAAGACUGUGUCCUUGUUUGAGGCGAUGAAAAAGGACCUUAUAAACAAAGACCAGGGUGUACGUCUGCUUGAGGCACAAUUAGCUACUGGUGGAAUUAUUGAUCCAGUCAAGGGUUAUCACAUCCCCCUUGACGUGGCUUUUAAACGUGGCUGUUUUGAUGAUGAAAUGAACAAGUAUUUGAGCACACCGACUGAUGAGACUAAAGUUUUCUAUGAUCCUAACAAACAGGCAAAUGUCACUUACUUAGAGCUUCAAAACUCAUGCAUUACAGAUAACCAGACUGGUUUUCUUUUGCUACCACUGUCAGAAGCAGCCAUGAAGUUAAAAGAAGAACAUGCUUAUUCUGAAGUGCAGACACAAGACGCUUUGAAUCAGACAUUAGUGGAGCUACAGUCUGGACCCUUCAAAGGAAGAAAGGUAACCAUCUGGGAGAUCAUAAACUCAGAAUAUAUAACAGAAGAGCAGAGGCUUGAGCUCAUCAGGCAAUACAGAGCUGGUAAAGUGACUAUCGAAAAAAUAAUUAAGAUUGUCAUUACUAUUAUUGAUGAAAGAGAAACUAAGAAAGAAUCAGAGGCUUUGUUUGAUGGCCUAAGGUCACCUGUCUCUGCCAUCUCUUUAUUAGAGUCCAAAAUUAUUGAUAAAGACACUUUUGACCAGCUGCAAGAUGGUAAAAUGGACCCCAAAGAAGUUGAUGCUGUAAAGAAGUAUUUGAAGGACACUGAUAGCAUUGCUGGUGUGUAUGUUGAGCCUUCAAAAGAAAAAGUCAGCAUUUACCAAGCCAUGAAGAAAAACCAACUAAAACAAAGCAUAGGCCUUGCACUCUUGGAGGCUCAAGCAGCUACUGGAUUCAUUAUUGAUCCGAUCAAAAAUCAGAAACUAACCGUUGAUGAUGCUGUUAAGUCCGCGGUUGUUGGUCCUGAGCUUCAUGAAAAGCUUUUGUCAGCUGAAAAGGCAGUAACUGGUUAUAAAGACCCAUACACAGGUAACAAAAUCUCCCUAUUCCAAGCAAUGCAGAAGGAUCUUGUUCUGAAAGAAUAUGCCAUUCCACUCUUAGAAGCUCAGAUAGCCACAGGAGGAAUAAUUGACCCUAUUAACAGCCACCGUGUGCCCAUUGAUGUUGCAUGUCAGCAUGGCUUCAUAAGCAAAAAACUGGCCAAAAGUCUCUCUCAACCAUCUGGUGACACUAGAGCUUUCAUUGAUCCCAACACUAAUGAGAAUGCCACUUACCAACAGUUGAAAGAAAAGACAGUAAGGGAUCCUGAAACUGGCAUGUGCUUUUUAUCUCUUUCAAUGGCUGAGAUUUCCACUGCUGCAAAAAAGACACACCAGUUUAGCAAAGAACAAGCCCAGAAGGAUUUAGCGAACACUCUUGUUGACAUACCACAUAGUGGAAAGUCAAUGUCCCUUUGGGAAGUCAUGAAUUCAGAUCUGGUUCCUGAACAGGAAAGGUCCAGGAUACUCGAAGAAUACCGCUCAGGGAAAAUUACAAAAGAAAGAAUGACCAUCAUAAUUAUUGAAAUAAUUGAACAAAGAAUAAUUACAAGAAGUGAGGCAAAUAUGUCAUGUGACGUUAUUAGGAGAAGAAUUACCAUCGAAGAACUGUACAGUGCUCGCAUCAUUGACUCAGACACAUACAUUAUGCUGAAAGAGGGAAAGAUGACUAUCCGUGAGAUCAUGGAAAUGCAAACAGUAAAACGGUACUUAUUUGGCACAGGUUGUAUUGCUGGUGUUGCAUGUGAUUCCUCUGCUAAGAUCAGCAUUUACCAAGCCAUGAAAAGGGGCUUAAUGAAACCUGAUAUUGCUAUUGGGCUUCUGGAAGCCCAAGCUGCAACGGGAUUCAUCAUUGAUCCAGUGAAAGAUGAGAUGCUAACGGUUGAUGAGGCCGUCCGUAAGGGAGUUGUGGGCCCAGAGAUACAUGAUAAACUUCUUUCAGCCGAGAGAGCUGUCACUGGCUACCGGGAUCCUUACAGUGGGAAAAUAAUUUCACUGUUCCAGGCCAUGAAAAAAGACCUUAUUCCAGAGGAGUAUGCUCUCAGACUUCUGGAGGCUCAGGCUGCAACUGGUGGUCUUAUGGAUCCUGAGUAUAACUUUCACCUACCAACUGACAUUGCAUUGCAGCGUGGAUACAUCAACAAGGAAACAAAUGAAAGGAUUUCUGAUCCCAAUGGUGAUGUAAAAGGAUACAUCGAUCCACUCACUGAAGAGAGUGUGUCCUAUGCACAACUGCUUAAGAAAUGUAAAGUGCAUAGAGAUAGUGGUCUGCAUUUGCUGUCGUUAGCAGACAGAAAAUUGUUGUUCAAGGGCCUGAGAAAGCAAAUCACAUUGGAUGAGCUAUUACUUUCUCAAAUCAUAGACCAGGAGACUGUCAGUCAACUCAAUGAAGGUGCUAUCACUGUAGAAGAAGUUACCAAACGACUCCAGAAGUAUCUUGAGGGUACAAGUUGUAUUGCUGGGGUAUUUGUAGAGUCCAGUAAAGAGUGUCUCUCAAUUUACCAAGCCAUGAAGAAGAACAUGAUCAGACCAGGGACUGCUUUUGAAUUGCUUGAGGCUCAAGCUGCGACAGGAUAUGUAAUUGAUCCAAUAAAGAACCAGAAGCUGACAGUAAAUGAUGCUGUUAAAUUAGGAAUUGUGGGGCCUGAGUUCAAAGACAAGCUCCUUUCGGCUGAACGUGCUGUAACUGGCUACAAAGAUCCAUAUUCAGGCAAAACCAUUUCACUGUUCCAAGCCAUGAAAAAGAAUCUCAUUUUGAAAGACCAUGGUGUUCGUUUGCUGGAAGCCCAGAUUGCCACAGGGGGAAUCAUUGACCCAGAGGAAAGUCAUCGGUUGCCUGUAGAAAUGGCCUACAAAAGAGGCCUCUUUGAUGAGGAGAUGAAUAGCAUUCUUACAGACCCAUCAGAUGACACUAAAGGUUUUUUCGAUCCAAACACAGAGGAGAAUUUGACUUAUCUGCAGUUGAUGGAGAGGUGUAUGACAGACCCAGAAACUGGCCUUGCUCUACUGCCUCUGAAGGAGAAGAAGCGUGAAAGAAAAACUUCUUCCAAGUCCUCUGUCCGCAAACGCAGAGUAGUUAUUGUAGAUCCAGAGACAGGCAAAGAAAUGUCAGUGUAUGAGGCAUAUCGCAAAGGGCUCAUUGACCAUCAAACCUACAUGGAAUUAGCAGAGCAAGAAUGUGAAUGGGAAGAAAUUACUAUCUCAUCCUCUGAUGGUGUUGUAAAAUCUAUGAUUAUUGACCGUCGGUCUGGACGGCAGUAUGACAUAGAUGAUGCAAUUUCACGAGGCCUUAUUGAUCAGUCGUCACUGGAUCAGUACCGGACUGGGGCUUUAUCGAUCACAGAAUUUGCUGACAUGUUAUCUGGAAACGUAAGUGGCUCCCGUUCCCGCUCCUCAUCUUUUGGAUCAACUUCAUCUUACUCCAUGAGCCCUGUCCCGCCUGUCAGAUCUCCUGCACCUACUUGGAAUGACCCUACUGAAGAAUCUGGGCCUGUUGCUGGAAUCUUGGAUACAGAGACUUUGGAAAAGGUUUCUGUCACUGAGGCUAUGCAUCGAAACCUUGUGGACAACAUCACUGGUCAAAGGCUGCUUGAAGCCCAGGCUUGCACAGGUGGCAUCAUUGACCCCAACACUGGGCAGAAGUUCUCAGUCAUUGAUGCUGUGAACAAAGGACUUGUUGACAAAAUUAUGGUUGACCGUAUCAACCUAGCCCAAAAAGCCUUCAAUGGUUUUGAAGAUCCCAGAACCAAAACAAAAAUGUCUGCUGCUCAAGCUUUGAAGAAGGGCUGGCUUUACUAUGAAGCAGGUCAGCGAUUCUUGGAAGUACAGUACCUUACUGGUGGAUUGAUUGAGCCAGAUGUAACUGGCAGAGUCUCAUUGGAUGAUGCUAUUAAGAAGGGUACCCUGGACCCACGUACCGCACAGAAACUAAGAGAUGUCAGUGCUUACUCCAAAUAUCUGACCUGUCCCAAAACAAAAUUGAAAAUAUCCUACAAAGAUGCAGUGGAUCGAAGCAUGAUUGAGGAAGGUACUGGCCUGCGUCUGCUUGAGGCCUCCUCCCAGUCAAGCAAAGGCUUAUAUAGUCCAUACAGCAUUAGUGCUUCAGGCUCAGCUUCUGGCUCCCGCUCAGGAUCCAGGACUGGUUCCAGGUCAGGCUCUAGGCGAGGUAGUUUUGAUGCAACGGGUUCUGGUUUCUCAAUGAAUUUCUCUUCCCCUUAUAGCUCCACUAGCUAUGGUCGCCGAUAUGAUUGUGGGCCUCACAGUGGGCUAAACCUGGAUGAUCUAACAAAUGCCAUUUUGUUACUUGCACUGAAUAGGAAUUGCAGCUCAGAGCAACAAGGAACACUGAUUCCAGUAUUACCGAUGCACUCAUCAGUUGCAUAAUUUUUUAGGCAAAUACAUAUAUAUUCUGCUCUGCAUAUUGUUAUAUUGGGAAAUUGCAGUGUUGAGUAAAUAUUAUAUCAUUCUUGGCUUUAAUAUGACAUAGUCCCUGGUUCAUUUUGUACAAAUAUUCAAAGUUUAAAGCCUUCUCAUUUUGCUUUCUUAUUUUUGCAUUGUGGGAUAAAUUUGAAUAAUUCUUUUUAGAUACAAUUUUAUCUAUUAUGUAAGCACAUUCAGUGAAACCACCAUACUGCUUAUUGCAUUUCAUUUUUGUUUUGUCAUUUUAUUUCUUAAUGCAGCUAACUUUGGUUGGGUGUUAAACACUGGUUAAUAAUACUAUUUUAUAAAUUGUAGUAAUUGUACUGAGUUUAUUGUCUGCAUUUCAUUAUUUUAUUUGUAUUUGAAUAUCUUGUCUUCUGUUUUUGAGUUAUGUAAUGGAAGUAGUCUAUAUACUUAACCAAGUUAGAUGCAGGAGCAGUAGUGUGAUACAGAUCCAUAAUAUAUUGCUUUAUGUUUCUGAAUUUGUACAUCUGAUCUUUUUGCUUUAUUCAGUAAAGUUAUGGUAGAGAAAAGCUAACAAAAAAAGUUCAGACUUAAAGCUUAACACUGUUGGGAAAAUGCUGCAAGAUGCAGCCUCCUGAAGGCUUUCCCUGACAUGCAACACUGCCAUGAGUACUUAGAGUUUCCCUUUUUUGUGCCUGUUUGAACUGUAUUAUCACCCUUUAAAUCAACACUUAAUUCGCCACUUUAUAUAUAUAUAU